CGUUAAGCAAACACAGAGUUCAGCACGCCAUUAUAUUAAAGCUGGGACGAGCGAGGAGUCUGCAGUCAGGGAAGUAUUCCAGCACACGCACACAGGCAGCGUCUGAAGAUUUUACCGGAAAUUUAAGAUUUUUUCAUUUUCUACACGAAAAGGAGAUGCCCAAAAAUGUGUUAGUAUGGGUGAUGGUGGCAGGGACGCUCGCCACGGCCCUCGCCCUCCCUCAUCCAACAAGAAAACCUCGAGGACUCCUGGCUGUGGCAGGAGUGUCCAAGACCAGCCCUGCCUGUGAUGCGUGCGGACAAGGCUCUGGACACUACCCUGGAGAUGGGCACAACCACGGGCACUUCCCUGGAGAUGGGCACAACCACGGACACUUCCCUGGGGAUGGACACAACCACGGAGGAUCAGGGUCCUACUCAGGGUCCGCGAGUGGCUCCUUCAGUGGUUCGGGAUCGGGUAGUGGCUCGGGUUCAGGGAGCGGAUCUUGGAGUGGCUCUGCGAGUGGAUCAGGAUCUGGCUCUGGGUCGGGGUCCUUGAGCGGGUCUUGGAGUGGUUCUGCAUCCGGAUUCUCUCGCCACAGAAGAUCCGGCGGUUUCGGAUCCUGGUCUGGAGGCUCCACGUCGAAUAAGCCUGGCAACAAUGGAGGUUCUUGGAACAACGGCGGUUCUACUUCUAACAAGCCAGGAUCUGGUAACAACGGAGGCUUCUGGAACAAUGGUGGUUCUACUUCUAACAAACCUGGAUCUGGCAACAAUGGAGGUUCUUGGAACAAUGGUGGUUCUACUUCUAACAAACCUGGAUCUGGCAACAAUGGAGGCUUCUGGAACAACGGCGGUUCUACUUCCAACAAACCCGGUUCCUAUCGCCCUGGGAGAUCGGUUCCGCAGAGAACAACCAGAGAAGCUGAGAAACUGAGAUCCAAAUUAUGUCCACUUUGCGCUCUGGGCAAUCUUGCGUCUGGAAGCGGUUCGGUUAGCGGUUCCUGGAGUGGUUCAGCGUCGGGAAGCGCCUCAGGAUCUGGGUCUGGUUCCAUUAGUGGUUCGUGGAGUGGUUCCGGUUCUGGCAGUGAUUCAGGAUCAGGAUCUGGUUCUGCCAGUGGGUCAUGGAGUGGUUCAGGUUCUGGUUCAGGAGGAUCGAGCAGCGGUUCAGGUUCAGUCAGUGGUUCCUGGGGAGGCAAUGGUGGAGGAUCCGUUAGUGGUUCGGGAUCAGGUUCAAUAUCCGGAGGUGGCUCAGGCAGCGGCUCAGGAUCUGGUUCCAUUUCUGGAGGCGGUUCGGGAUCUGGUUCCAUUUCUGGAGGCGGUUCAGGAUCUGGUUCAUGGGGAGGUUCUGGCAGUGGUUCAGGUUCUGGUUCCAUCUCUGGAGGCGGUUCAGGUUCUGGUUCCAUUUCUGGAGGCGGUUCAGGUUCUGGUUCCAUCUCUGGAGGCGGUUCAGGUUCUGGUUCCAUUUCUGGAGGCGGUUCGGGAUCUGGUUCCAUUUCUGGAGGCGGUUCGGGAUCUGGUUCAGGAUCUGGUUCAUGGGGUGGUUCUGGUAGUGGUUCAGGAUCUGGUUCCAUCUCUGGAGGCGGUUCAGGUUCUGGUUCAUGGGGCGGUUCCGGCAGCGGUUCAGGAAACUGCCCUGGCUCGUGUGGUUCUGGCCACCAGGUGGGCGGGAGCGGCGGUGGCGUCGCAGGGGCCGGCGGCGGUUCGUACUCCAACAAGCCGGGCGUCGGCGGUUCGGGGCACCAAGGAGGCGGCAGCGGCGGAGGUUUCGGGGGCGCCAGUGGAACCUCGUGGAGCACAGCCGGGGCUUUUGGUUCCGGCGGCGCCAGGGGUGUCGGGGUCAAGGUGGAUGUCAGGAGCAGCUAGGAUGAGGAUGAUCUGACCUGACUUGAACUGGCCUGACCUGAGCUGGUUGCGGCGGGAGACGGACGGGGUAUUCCGUCAGAUAAUUUCUACGCUGCGGUUAUUUUUUUAUUUAUUUUGUUUUGAUGUGCUGUUGUUGGAAUUCGGUAUUUUCUUUGUCGAUUUUCAUCAAAUGUAAUUUUGUUUU